AUGAAUCUCAGUUUUAUUUUAAACCACUCUCAUUUUUCACUGGAUCCUGGAGCAGCAGCUUACAAUGAGAAAUCAGGUACGAUCACCUCACUCUCAGUCUUGUUUCAGAAAGUCUUUGCUCAUGUCUGUUCUUCAUGGAAAAAGGGAAAUACAGAAGGAGACUGUCACCCCUGCAAGUGUUCAGAGACUGAUAAUUUGGGGGAAAACUAUAGUUGGAAAAUACCCAUUAAUCACGAUGACUUCAAAAUUUUAAAAAAUAAUGAGAGUCGGCUGUGUGAAUUUCUCCGGAAUAAAUUUGGCUGUGUCUCUACCCUGGUCUCUCCAGCCCAGAAAAGUAACAGCAAGUCUUUAGAAAGUCUCAGCAAGUCUCAGCAAGUCUUUAUAAAAAGGCUGACUCCUGGGCUUGAGCUAUCUGUCUGGAAGGGUGACCUCACCAGACAUGUUGUUGAUGUCGUGGUGAAUGCAGCCAAUGAAGACCUUAGCCAUGGGGGAGGCCUGGCCAAGGCCCUGGUGAAAGCUGGCGGCGAAGAAAUCCAAGAGGAGAGUACAAGAUUUGUUUCUAGACAUGGUAAAGUACCAACUGGUUCAAUAGCUAUCACAGGAGCAGGGAGGCUUCCCUGCAAAUACAUUAUCCAUGCCGUUGGGCCUCGGUGGUCAGAGAUGAAUAGAAAGAUAUGUAUGGCUAAUCUGGAACUGGCCAUUUUAAAUAUUCUGUUCUUCAGCACACUGUGCCCCGAGACAGUAGCAAUUCCAGCCCUGAGCUCUGGGAUUUCCCAGUUCCCUCUGGAUUUGUGUACAAAGAUCAUUGUGGAUACUAUCAGGCUUUAUUACCAAGGGAAUCAAAUGAUCAGUAAUUUGAAAGAAAUUCACCUGGUAAGCAAUGAAGACCCUACUGUUGCUGCCUUUAAAACUGCUGCAGAAGGCAUUCUAGGGAGCAGUGAGCUGGGGUCUGGGGUGAGUCAAGGAGCCAUCCUUCACAAUACAAUGGUUUUGAACAACAUGACUCUCCAGAUUGUCCAAGGCCACAUCGAACAGCAGAAGGUUAAGAGCAUGGACUUUAGGGACAGACCAUCUGGAUUUGAAUACUAG